AUGGCAUCACACCCUGUUCAGGCGGUCGGGAAAGCGAUUGGUAAGAUGGGCGGUGACCCUCGAGCUCUUCAACGCUCGUCGCUCUUUCAAGGUGCAAACGAAGGUCCGGCGGUCGUCGCGGCCAAAUUGACCGGUGUCAGUGAGGGAGGUAAACGUGCUGAUGAUGGCCCUUACUUCACCAACAACGAGGGUAUCCCUUGGCCGGAUGCAUCUCACAGCAAGACCGUCGGAGGAAUCCCAGUCGCGUCAGAUACCUUUCUCUUCCAGAAGCAGCAGCACUUCAACCGAUCCAAGCUGCUCGAGAGAAUGGUCCAUCCUUGCGGUAGCGGUGCUUUCGGCUACUUCGAGACCACCAAGGAUGUGUCGCACUUGACAAAGGCUAACUUCUUGAGCGGCUCCGGCAUUCAGACUCCUGUUUUUGUCCGCUUCUCCACCGUCACCUUGGGGCGAGAGUUUCCUGACCUGGCUCGCAACCCACGAGGCUUCGCCAUCAAGUUCUACACCGGGGAGGGCAACUAUGACAUCGUCGGCCUGAAUUUUCCCGUCUUCUUCUGCCGUGACCCUAUCCAAGGUCCGGAUGUCAUCCGCUCCCAGGCCAGACGACCGGACAACUUCCUGCUGGACUACAACGCCACGUUCGACUUGCUCGCCAACACACCGGAGGGCAACCACGCUGGCAUGAUGUUCUUCUCGGACCAUGGAACACCCCAGGGUUGGCGUGCCAAUCACGGCUACGGCUGCCAUACUUUCAAGUGGGUAAACAAGAACGGCGAGUUUGUGUACAUCAAAUACCACUUCCUGGCAGACGGAGGCCAGAAGCAGUUCACCCGUCAAGAAGCCGUCAAGUUGUCGGGAGAAAACCCCGACUAUAGCAAGGAAGAACUUUGGCAAGCCAUUGAAAACGGCGAACCGGUCUCUUACACCGCCCACGUCCAGAUAAUGAAGCCAGAGGAGGCCGACCCCCAGAAGCUGGGCUUCGAUCCAUUCGACGUGACCAAGGUGUGGCCGAAGAAGCUUUUCCCGCUCCACGAGUUCGGAAAACUCCACCUCACCAGAAACCCUGAGAACUACCACCGAGAUGUCGAACAAGCGGCCUUUUCGCCCGGCAGCAUGGUCCCUGGUAUUGAAGAUAGCCCUGACCCACUGUUACAAUUCCGCAUGUUCUUCUACCGCGAUGCCCAGUACCACCGCAUUGGCGUGAACCUGCACCAAGUCCCCACAAACUGCCCUUUUAUGGCCGGGUCGUACGCCUCGCUCAACUUCGACGGCCCCCUGCGCGUAGACGCCAACCAUGCCAAAAACCCACAAUACGCGCCCAACAGCUUCGUGGACAAAUUCCGACCCGACACCGCAGAGGCGCCGUACAAGGUCGGCGACAACAUCGUGUCGCGCAAGUCUCACUUCUACCACGAAGGUCACCCACUGACGGAAUACGACCAACCUCGUGAUCUCUACGAGAACGUCAUGAACGAGACGCAGCGCGCCCAUCUGCAUGACAACACUGCGGUCAUGUUAAGCCACGUGAGCGAGCCCAUCAUUCAGACCAAAUACCUGGCGCAGCUGUACAAAAUCAAGCCUAGCUACGCGCGCGCCGUGUACGACGGGUUGACGAAGAAGAAGUUUGACUUCAGCGAGGUGGAGCAGACCGCCGAGGGCAUUGAGAAGGCCGGCCAUUACGACAAGUUCAGACCCACACAGGCGAGUGAGCGCUUGGUAGGCUUGACUGCGCCGGGAGUGUACAACAGUGUACCUGGUGGGUUGUAG